AUGGCCCUCAAAUUCCACCUCCAACCCACAGCCCCACCAAAACCCGAACAUCCGCAGCACCGCCGCCCAAAGAGCCCCUACCCGCAGGAACCGCAGAAACCAAAACUCCACCCCAGCAACAUCAUCAAAGACGUAAAACGCCAUCUCCACAUGCCUCGAAGCGUACGCAAGUUCUGGGCGCCACACACUCAGUCUGACCCCCAAACGUCGCGCGGAGGGGAGACGGGGAAGAGAUCUGGAGCCGUGGAUGGGCGGGUACUGGACGAUAUGGGAUUGUGCCGCUUGACGCGCGUGUCUGCUCGGCGGGAUGAGGUGGAGACCAGAGAGGCGGGUGGGCAGGAUGAGUGGCGGCUAGAGGGGGAGUUUCGUUGGGGGCGGAGCUGGGUCAACUGGGAGGGUGUCAGGGUUUUUGAGAAAGAUGUUUGGUGGAAGUGA